AUGCACGACAUGUGGUGCAGCCCACAUGAUGCAGCCUACGUGGUGCAAUCAAUGUGCUGCAACCAACAAUCUAUGAGCAUGCCGGUUCUGGGCGCGAUUGCUGAAAGUCCAUGUGUUUUGUAUUAUCUUCCCUGUGACUUUUUGUCAUGUGGUUCGCGCAAGCGCGCGGGCAGAGCAUCGGCAAUCUUUGUGAUGACCAGCCAGUUGGUGUGCGAUGUCUUUGGUUUGGACUGCUUGUCGAACCGAUGUGUGUUGGCGUGCACAUUCAGCGUGUGUGCGUGUGGACAUCACUACGGCUUCUUCGGUGCUCACUGCAGUACUGACUGGCCGCCGCCGUCAUUUUGA